UUGUCAAGAAGUUGUCAAUUGUCGAAAUUCAUUGUUGAAAAGUCAAAAUAUUAAAGUAUUCUUCGGAUUUUACUUCUCAAAUAUUCCUUAUAAGCAUAAAACUCGAAUAUCUCAAGUUAUUUGUCGAAAAUAUUAAGAGAACCAUCAAAUAUGUCGGAACGUUUAAAAAGUACAAUAAAUGUGUCGAACGAUGAAGUAAUAGAUGAAAUUACGAGAGAUUUAAACAGUUCUUUGGCCGUAAAUGAUAAUGUUGAAGAGUUUGUUAUAAAUCCAGGAACAAGCGCUGAAGAAUAUCCGCAGGCGGGCGGCGGCGAUGCACCAAAGACAAGCGAAACAUCCAUUCCAUCAGUACCUGAUAACGAUGAAGAUCUAGAUAAAGAUUACGCAGAAAAGGAUCCCUCCGUAAAAGAUGACAGCGAGGAUGACGUGGAUGAAGUAUCAUUAAAGGAUGCGGAGGUCGACCUCACAGAUGAUGAGAAGGAAGAACGGAGGAUCAUAGCUGAAGAACUAAAGAAUGUAGGCAAUGAAGCGUUCAAAGCGGCUGACUUUGAACGGAGUAUAGAGAAAUAUACAGAAGGUUUAAGAACAUGUCCGUUACAGUUUUCACAGCAACGUUCGAUCCUAUAUUGUAACCGGAGUGCGGCUAAAAUGAAGUUGGAGAAAUACGCGUCGGCGGUAAAGGAUUGCACAAAAGCAAUUGAAUUGGACGAUAAAUAUGUCAAGGCGUAUAAGAGACGAGCACAGUCUUACGAAGAGAUAGAGAAAUACGAUGAGGCAUUCGCAGAUGUAAAGAAAGUUCUAGAACUAGACCCUUCAGACACGAGGGCAAAGGAGGCAAUGAUCAGACUGCCCCCCCUCAUCGAAGAACGGAAUGAGAAAUUAAAAGCACAGAUGAUGGGUACUCUUAAAAACUUAGGCAAUAUGAUCUUGAAGCCGUUUGGAUUGUCAACAGAAAAUUUUGUCAUGGAACAAGAUCCGGAAACGAAAGGAUACAAAAUUAAUUUUAAACAAUAAUUUUCAAGGAUAAUAUUGUGAUAUAAAUAUAUAUAUGUAAAGGA